AUGACUGCACCGAACAAGCAAUGCAUCCUAUUCAACUACAAGGCGAUCAAGAGCAGAACUUUCGGGCUCUCCCUGGCGGCAGAACUCUUUUGCGUCGCUUUCUUCCAGCUCGCUACACACACAGCUCCGGAAGACUUUGCACCAGUUCUGCAAGGGCUGACGCUUGCUGCGCUCGUGUUCAUAGCUGGGCAUGCUUCAGGCGGCCACCUGAACCCGUUGAUAAGCUUGAGCACGGCAGCACUGGGAUAUCAUCCAUGGCUUCAUGCCAUGAUGUACUGCACGAUGCAAUGCUUGGGCGGAAUCCUGGGUGCUCUCUUCGCACAGGCUCUGUUCCCAAACAGCGACCGGUUUUUUCUUGCCGGUGUCACUGGCCCGGGAUGUCUGGAUCGGUCGACAGUUCCUGCAGACGUAACUAACAGCAUGAUCAUCGGGUGGGAAUGCCUGAUGACGGGUAUGCUUAUGUCCAGCUUCCUCAUGUGCGGCUUGGACACGCCCGCAGCUUGCGGAAGCUUUGCCCCGGUGGUGGCUGGCUUGGCCACGGCUGCGUGCGCGGGCUCCGGGGGUCAGUACACAGGGGCUUCAUUGAAUCCGGCUCGCAUCGUAGGGCCAAUUGUGAUCUUUGGCUGCAAGGAAGAGCUGGCACCGCAAUACCUGCUAGGGCAGCUUCUUGGGGCAAUCUUUUCCACAGGCCUCGUGGCUGCCAUCGCACGACCCGGACCCCUAAACCCUUGCGUGUCGAGGCCAGCACUGAAACUGAAAGACUGGGAAGCCUGGAGGCUGUGGCUGACCGGGUAUCCCCCAAGCCGUUUGAAGAUCACGAGCACGGAGACCGUUGAGACCAUUCAGGACUACUACCUGCAGAUCAUCUGCUAUCUCGAGGGCACACCUCUUCCAGUGGUCCGGCGCAGAACGAGCCUAGACUUGGAGAUUCUCUUCGGGGAGGGGAUCUCGACCAUGGUACGAACGACUUCACAGAAGUCGGAACCAAACAUGGUCACAGAGGCUCCAAGGGAGGUGGCACUGAUGCUGCAGCACCCCGAGAUAACUCAAAGAGAGCAUCUGAUGGAAACGUGUGCUUCCCCCAUGAAGAUCUUCAGGUCCUAG